UUAAAAAUAAAGAUGAUAACUAAAUCCACAAAAAGAAAACAUUUAGAGGUAAAAAGUCCCAAGAUUUAGGAGUUCCUCUUCCCCGCCAACAUCCGAUUCUUCAGAUUGAAAUCGAACUUGUGAAUCUUACCAAGGUCAGACUUGAAAAUGGUUUCUGAAUUGAUAAAUGCCAAUCCCAUUGUGUAUGAGAAGAAGGAGCGUCAAGCUAGGAUUGCUCCAAGUGCGGAUGAAGAUGCAGCUGAAACUAUUGACCAGCUUGAAAUUUUUGACUACCUUAGAGAUAUAAAAGAUCCAGAGCAUCCCUAUUCUCUGGAAGAGCUGAAAGUUAUAACAGAAGAUGCCAUUGAGGUUGAUGACCAGCGAAGCUAUGUUAGGGUCACAUUCACGCCUACUGUGGAACAUUGCAGCAUGGCAACUGUUAUUGGAUUAUGCUUGCGUGUGAAACUUAUGCGAAGUUUGCCUUCACGUUAUAAGGUGGAUAUUAGAGUAGCACCUGGAACUCAUGCUACGGAAGCUGCAGUAAAUAAGCAAUUGAAUGAUAAAGAACGAGUAGCUGCAGCAUUGGAAAAUCCUAACCUUGUCGACAUGGUAGACGAAUGCCUAGCUCCAUCUCUUGAAUGAGGAAAUAUGUAUCAGUCAACAUAGUAGAAAGGAAAAAUGAAGGAGAACAUGGAAAAAGGGUAUGGCAGGGGGACGAUGGUGAGGAAUUGCAGAGGAUUUUGGUGGUAUGGAAUUGGGAAAGAAAAUGUAUGGGAAGAAGAUGAAGAAGAAAGGGGGUUGUUCUCAAUGAUAAAAGACCAUAAUUAGGACUCAUUUGGUCAAAGAUAAUUUCACUCUUUUUUGGGGAAAAAAAUCACUUAAUGUGUAUCAAAUUUUCAUCACUAAAUAGUAAAGGUUGAAUAACUCUCACACCAAAUAUAAGACUGAUAUUUUGAGCUCAAUCCAAUUUUUAUUAAAGCA